UUCCGGGGCCAAUCGCGCUUGAAAAACACAGCGCUGGGGGCUACGGCGGCCAGUGGGCGAUCACAGUGCGGUUAAUCCCGCCUCCCUCACCCGGCCAAACCAAUGGCAGGACGCGGCGGGCCAGUUCGAACGGCGGGGGCGGGAGCGAGGAGCUGCGCGUCGGUUAAGCGCGAGAUUCGAAGAGCGGCGGUUGGCGGAGCAGCGAUGAUGGCGCUGCCCUCACAGCUCCAGGCCUUGGACGCGCUCAAGUACGUGGAGCUGCAGCAGGUCGCCAAGGCUGCCGGCCUGAAGGCCAACCUCAGGGCAGAUAAACUGCUGAAAGCGCUGAAGCAGCACUUCCAAGGAAGAGUGCAAGGAAAUGAAAAUACGAGUUCUGAAAAAAGUGCAUCUCCUUCAAUGGACUCUGAAUUUAUACCUAAUCCAGCAUGUUUCGUCACAAAAAGAUGUAAAGAAAAGAAAGCAACCAGGAAAAAGAAGAGCUCUGAUAUGGAAAUUAAUGACAGUGAAGAAAACACAGGGUCUUCUGCUGAGAUGGAGGGGCAUUCCGAAACAAAAGAGAAUGAGGUGCCUCAAGUUGACUGUGAAAAGGGAAAGAUGGUAUUCCAAAAUGUGGAACAAGUUACUAAAAAAAUUGCUAAUGAGAAUCCAAGAGUGGUGGCUGCUGAGAAGACAAAGAAGACUUCUACUAAAAGCACUAGAGCAGAAUGUGAUCCUCAUCCUGCAGGAAAAAAGACUCCUUUGCCUGUUGGCAGUGCAUCCAAACCUGGGAAAACAGGGCUGAAAGCUACGACACCAAACUUUAAAAGGCUGCAUGAAGCUCACUUCAAGAAAAUGGAGUCCAUUGCUGAUUACAUUGAGAGGAAGAAAAAAAAGCUUGAGAACUGCAGCAGCUCCCUCAAUGAAGCCAAGAAAGGUACCAGUGGCAAAACACUCUUAUUCAGCCCCAAUCCAGAACGAGGCAGAUUCUCUGGCACUUGUACUCCGAGUAACCUUCGACGCUCACCACGCAGUUUGAACACUGGAUGUCAAAGUAUUUUGUCAAGGAAAUCUUCAUUUAAUCCUUCUGUUCUCUCGACAACCAAAAUGAAUGUCAGGUUCUCUGAAGCCACAAAAGAUAAUGAGCACAAACGUUCUCUUACUAAGACUCCAUCUCGGAUGUCUCCAUACGUGGAAGAGAUGUGCACACCUGAUAGCCAGAAAAGCUGUGAACCCUUAAAUGCAAAAAACAGCAAGAGAAGCACAAGAAAUAAUGAUCUUCCUCCAUUAAAAGCUGUUACCCCGUUCAAGUUUGCAGCUCAGUCUGCAGAAUCAUCAAGCACCAGGAAGGUAUUUGAUCUCCAAGCAAGUCUUUCAAGGCCGCUUCGGUAUCAACCACAUAAAGGACGACUAAAACCUUGGGGAGAACUUAAAGAAAAUGCUCCCCCAAAGAAGUCUGUCAACAACAGCAUCACCUCAUGUAAGAGAGACUACAAACAGCCACGUCUCCAGACAAGGGAAGACAGGCGGGAGAAGCACGAGCAGGAGAGAAAGAAGAAAAAAGCUCAAGCUCUUGGAAACCGUAGAGGACUGUCUAUGGGUUAGGUAAAAUCAGAAGUAUCUGGGAUCUCACUUGUAAAUACUGUUUCUCUCAUGUAAAUAUUUGUGCUGUCUGUGCUUUAGAAUAUGGGUCAGGUUGUUGUUAGCUAGUAGAAUCCACAGAUAAUUGAAUAAUAUCUUAUAAUGUAUCUGAGCAUAACAUUCUACCCAUCAGCUUCUGAGCUCUUAAACAUUUAGAACUCUCAUCUCAUUGGAGAACUGUCCUGUUGCAGAACUCUCCAGUUGGUUACUGAUAUUUUCUGCCAUUGCUGUAUAUCACACUAUGUAUCUAGCAUAACUAAAAGGUAUCGAAUGAGAAAAUGCAAGUAGAAAAGAGAUGCUCAUGGAGCCUCCCAAUAACUUGGUGCAGACUUCAUCAGAAUGCUUGUUACCCGCUAGGAUGCAUAGUUUGGACUGCAAGCUUCAAAACAUUCCACUGGUCAAUUAAAGGAAUUGAGGUAUCUGCUUGCCCUGUUCUCCACGUGGAUCCUGUAGCAACUGUUCAGCACAUCCUACCACAGAACUAGUACUGGAUGCUUAGAUCAGCUAUGGCUGGGCUCGGUCCUUUCUACAAUACACUGAGGAUUUAAAAAAAUAAAAAAUAAAAAACAAAACAACUUAAACACUUGAAAGAUGUUAAGAAGAGUGAGAUGUUUAAUGCCUUAAAUGCAAAAACUAAUGUUAUUUAAAAAAAAAAAAAAAGGCAUAGAUAGAAAAGCUAUUUGGAUGUGUUAGGAUGAAACAGUGACAGGAAAGGUAACUCAGCAUUUGUAAGCUCAGCAAAUAAUAAUACUUCUAAUACUAAAUACUAGGUGAGCAAAUACUGUCAUAUGAAAUGCUGAAAUCUCAAGCUCAGUUUUUUUUUUUAUAAACUAAAUGGGGGGAAAUAAAUGUUUUGUACAUACCUUGUUUA